AUGAAGAGUUUGUUUGGCGACGAAUUUUCAAGAGAUGAGAGAACGAGUGGUUGGAGUGGAAAGGGAUUAAUGAUUUGGGUAUUGGACAUUUGGUCGGUGCAAGGGGUGAUUAAGCAAUGCCUACGAGCUCAGGUGGGAGAUGACACUACUAUUCUGAUCUUCUUGGAGCAUUGGGUCCCACAAUUUUCACCAGCUGAACUUCUUCAAUCAUGUAUGGAUCCUGGCAAAUUGUCCACGGUCUCUGAUCUGAUAGAUCCUUCUUUGGGAACAUGGCGGGUUGAUGUGGUUCAGGCUCUUUUUCCGGCGCCAGUGGCUAGUGCCAUAUUAUCGCUUCCCUUACCUGUGGAUCGCUGGUCUGAUCAUAUGGUUUGGAGGUUGGAGCCUCAUGGACGUUUCACUGUCAGAAGUGCUUAUAAUUUUCUUCUAUGUCUCGAUGCGCAACGAGAGACUACAGAUGCCAGGGACAUUCGUUUCUAUAAAAUGCUUUGCUCACAACCGCUCCUAAAGAAGGCUUGGAUUUUUAUUUGGAGGACGUUCCAUAACCUUCUUCCUUGUUAUGUCAAUCUAUACCUGAAGCAUGUUGUUCCUGACAAGCAUUGUUUUCAGUAUGGAACUGGCCAAGAGUCUGUUUUGCUUGCUCUCAUUGGUUGCUCCCAGUUGCACUCGACGUGGGGGUUGUUUGGUUGGGAGCAGUUCACCCAGGGUCACGAAAGGGACUUCCGGGAAUGGAUGGUUUAUGUGUUGUCUCAUCUCUCCAUACCUGAAACCCACAAGCUAUUUCUGCUUUGUUCUCUCUGGGUUGCUCGAAACUAUCAGCUUUACCAGGGUCAUAUUUCCUCGGAUGUGGAGAUCCAUGGGUUUGUGACUACCUAUCUAGAGGAGCUUUCUUUGGCGUCGGUUCGCCCAGAUGUGGUUCCUGUCCCGAUUGAUCGGCUUUGGACUAUUCCCCCGGUUGGUUUCAUCAAGGUGAAUGUUGAUGGCUCGUAUGACAAAGACCUGAGAAUGGGAGGUAUCGGUUGUGUUUUACGAGAUUCCACUGGUCAACUCUUAGCAGGCUAUUCAAGUGGGAUUCCUCAUGCAAUGGAUGCUUUCCAUGUGGAAUCUUUAGCUUGUGUGGAAGGGCUAAAUCUGGCUUUGAGUCUGGGGUAUCGAAGUUUAGUUGUCGAAGGAGACUCACGUUCUGUCAUAUCCAGAGUUGCUUCAUCACAGGUUGACUGUUCCUAUGGUGGUUGCAUUACUGAUCAGAUCUGGGAUCUUGCAACAUCCUUUGACCGUUGUAUCUUUCAGCACGUGGGUCGGGAUGGUAAUAGGGUCACUGAUGUGUUCGGGCGUGAAGGCCUAUCGCGAGUCUCUCCUAUAUGCUUGUUUGGUAGUCCUCCUCCGUUUGCAGUUCCCUUGUUCGCUUCAGACCAAGCUGCUUUGUUUUCAUAG